UUUCCAAAAAGGGUAAAUCGUCCAUUGACAAUGAAAAAGGAAGGAAUUCAAACUCGCAAUCGUAAACUAUCUUCGAAGAGCAAGAAAAAGAAGGGAUGCGGGAUCGCUAUCCCAGAGUGUAUAAAACCGCUCGAUAAACCGUUUUCCAGCUUCACGCCUACCGGACAAUUAGCAUCAUCAAUGUCCUCGAUGUCGUCGAUGUCUGUCACCGUUAAUCAUUACAUGCAUCAAGGCAACAUGCCCAUAUCCAUGGCAGGUUCGUUUGUAACAUCGCCACCAAUGCACAUGAAUACCGCACCCGGAUUAUCCACAUUACCGCUUCCAUCCGGAGGACCUUUGCAACUAGGUACCGGUGGUCUCGGACUCGCCACUUCCAACAGUAUGGUAGGUGCCAUGGCCUGACUGAUGCCGGAAAGAUUGCAUCACUUAACAUGAUGCGAUUGUGAUUAAUAAAGCUAACGACUUAUAAGUGGUGGUAAAAUAAACUUGUGAAUGAAUGUAACGGACUCCUGCAAAACUGAACAAUGCGGGUCUCUUUCUUCCUACCACCGGCAACAUAUACUGACGAUGCCAUUUGUACAUCCUCCUCCGUAUUAAUUUCUUCUUAUCGAAGACAUUUCGUGUUGUAUGUGCAUCAAAUCUUCGUAGGUCUGGAAACUGACGACAAUAGCAAAUUUAGCAUCGUCUUCCUCACACUUCAAACUUUUUUGAAUUUUUUUUUUUGUUUUGUUUUUUGUGAAUAUGACCGUUUAUGGAAAAGGGGAUUCUUUCGCUCUAUAAUUCAUGCUUUAACAGAAUUUUUCAAAAAAGUGAACUCGCAUCUCUCAGUGCCAAAAUCAAAGAGGGACUUUUUCAUUUUAGUCUAUCGAUUGACAUUACAACGAGACGGGCUGGACUCGCCCAAAAAACUUAACCUUUACGUCGACGGGUGCCGGUCAGAACCUCAUACAAAAUAUUCAUUCAUUCUUACUAUUUUUCCUUCUCGAAAUGGAAGUGACAAAAAAAAAA